CAACAACAGGGGGAGAUCACGCCAAUUCGUCCUCCAUCUCCCGAGCUACUCGUCUCUCCUCACCAUGCUUUCUCGGACUGCGCUCGCCCGGGCUUUUGCCCUGCCCCUCGAGCAGCUCCCCCGAUCCUCCAUCACCACCACCACCACAACCUUCCGGGCCUGCCUGCACCAAGCAACCACGACAACACCAUCACACAACCACCACCACCACCCGGAGGCUCCCCUCAGCGCCACGCCCCGGGCCCAUACAUCGACCCCCUUCCAACAACCACGUUUCCGGACGGCCGAGGACGCGAUCCCGCAGACGCGGGCGGACGUGCCUCUGAGCAAACAGCCCGUGGCGCCGACCUUCGAGGCUCCCUUGAAGGUGUCCCAGAGCCUCCUCGACAUGCUCCCGAACCUGACGUCGCAAAGGCCGCACUACAUCACCGCCCACCUCCACGAUCGACCCUACCUGCUCACCGCGGGCGAUCAGCUGCGUUUGCCGUUCCUGAUGCCCAAGGUAAAACCGGGCGAUGUGCUCCGGUUCAACCGCGCGUCACUGCUGGGUUCGCGCGAUUUCACGCUCAAGAGUGGUGCCAAAUACCUCGAUGAGCGGCUGUUCGAGUGCCGGGUUCGCGUGAUGGGCGUGGAGUCGGAGCCUCUGCGCACGAAGGAGAAGACUAAGCGGAGACAACGGCAUGUGAGGACCGUGACGAGCAAGCAUCGGUACACGAUUAUGCGCGUGAUGGAUGUCAAGGUCAAGACUGCGGAGGAGUUGAUGGAGGAGGGUGCUGUUGUCGUGGAGAGCGCUGAGUCGGCGGCUGAUGUGGGACUUAAGGAAUAAGUCUUAGAACGGAAAAAGCGGAGGGACGGGAUCGGGGAAGUAGGCAUCCUCGAAAAGUGAUCGAAACGUCUUCCUCAGCCAUUAUGGGGUUUAUGCUGUGUUAUAUCCAUUGAUUGGAGCCGUGCAAUAGCGGUGGGCCAUGUACAGAUAGGACUUUCUGUUUUGCACGUCGAGGUGUGCAAUCGUACUGUAUUCUAUAAUUGGGUUUCGAAUGUUCAACUGUUUCUAGACGGCCCGUGUUUACGUUUGUCGGAUGACCAUAUAUGAUACGGCAAAGUCAUCUUGACUGAAGACUUCAGAAAAGGCAGCACUGGCAUGUCUACAGGGUUCUUAGCAUAUUCGGAAGGACUGAUAGCUCUGGACCGGUUGAAGGCUCC